AAUCGCUCAGACAUUCGAAGCCGGAUGUAAGCCAUAUAUGGCUCCCGAGAGGAUUAAUCCCGACCCCAAACGCAAGGGCUAUGAUAUUCGCUCCGAUGUCUGGAGUUUAGGCAUCUCAAUGCUGGAGCUAGCGAUCGGCAAAUUCCCAUUUCCUGAGUCCAAGAGUCUGUUCGAACAGCUGAAGCGCGUCUGUCAGGACGACCCGCCACGACUGCCUCUCAACAGGUUCUCCAAGGACUUCGAGGACUUCAUCGAUAAGUGUCUUCAGAGAGACUACGAGAAGAGACCCUAUUAUUCACAUCUCCUAACCUAUCCAUUCAUAACACAAAACGAAUCCAACGAUAUCUCCAGUUUUGUGACCAAAAUCCUACCGCCGGUAGAAUCGACUUAAUUAUUAUGCAAUCAAUUGAUAAUUUAUGCGAAUCGGCGCCAAAUACUAUACAAAUGGAGUG